GCUUGGAACUGAAUAUGUAGAGCAGGCUGGCCUCGAACUCAUCCACCUGCCCCUGCCUCCGAGGAGGAGGAGUUAAAAGGCCUCCUCUACCAUGCCCAUUAGUUUGGGAGUUUUUGAGGACCGGUCUUAUGUACUCGGGUUGGCCUUGAGCUCCUCCUUAUGUAGCUCAAGGUGACCUAGAACUCUUCAGCCUCCUGCCUGCACCUCCAGAAUGUUGGGAGUACAGGUUUGCACCACCAUAGCUGACUGACUUUGGUCUUCCUGUCUAGUCCAGGAAGACUGCUGAACUUUUGAGACCAAGCCAUCCUUCAACUUCUCCAUUUUCCUGGGACUAUAGUUCACCAUACCUGGAAGAAAUGGAUUUAUCUGCUGUUCAAAUCGAAGAAGUACAAAAUGUCCUUCAUGCUAUGCAGAAAAUCCUGGAGUGUCCAAUCUGUUUGGAAUUGAUCAAAGAACCCAUUUCCACAAAGUGUGACCACAUAUUUUGCAAAUUUUGUAUGCUGAAACUUCUUAACCAGAAGAAAGGGCCUUCACAAUGUCCUUUGUGUAAGAAUGAGAUAACCAAAAGGAGCCUGCAAGGAAGCACGAGGUUUAGUCAGCUUGUUGAAGAGCUGUUGAAAAUCACUGAUGCUUUUGAGCUUGACACAGGAAUACAGUAUGCAAACGGUUACAGUAUUUCAAAAUUGAAAAAUUCUUCUGAACCUUUGAAUGAGGAAGCUUCCAUCAUCCAGAGUGUGGGCUACCGAAACCGCGGCAAAAGACUUAGACAGAUUGAAUCUGGAAAUGCCACCUUGAAGGACAGUCUCAGUGUCCAGCUGUCUAACCUUGGAAUUGUGAGAUCAACAAAGAAAAAUCAUCAGACACAGCCUCGAAAUAAAUCUGUGUACAUUGAAUUAGAGUCUGAUUCUUCUGAAGAGACAGUUAGUAAACCAGAUGACUGCAGUGUGAGAGACCAGGAACUGUUACAAACCACCUCUCUGGGAGCUGGAGAUGAAGUCAGUUUGGAUUCUUCAACCAGAGCUGCUUGUGAGUUUUCUGAGGACGUAACAAAUAUUGAUCUGCACCAGUGCAGUAAUAAAGAUUUGGACCCCAUUGAGAAUCAUGCAACUGGAAGAUAUCCAGAAAAAUGUCAGGAUAUUUCUGUUUCAAACUUACAUGUGGAGCCAUGUGGCACAGAUAUUCAUGCCAGCUCGUUACAGCAUGAGAACAGCAGCUUAUUACUCACUGAAGACAGAAUGAAUGUAGAAAAGGCUGAGUUCUAUAAUAAAAGCAAACAGUCUGGCUUAGCCAGGAGCCAACAGAACAGAUGGGCUGAAAGUAAAGAAACAUGUAAUGAUAGGCAGAUUCCCAGCACUGAGAAAAAGGUAGAUCCAAAUACUGAUUCCUUCUGUGGGAGAAAAAAAUGGAAAAAUCAGAAAAGUCUGUGUCCUGAGAAUUCUAGAGCUACCCAGGAUGUUCCUUGGAUGACACUGAAUAGCAGCAUUCAGAAAGUCAACGAGUGGUUUUCCAAAACUGGUGAAAUGCUAACUUGUGAUGGCACAUCUGACAGGAGGCAUGAGUCAAAUGCUGGAGCAGCUGUUGUGUUAGAAGUUUCAGAUGAAGUAGAUGGAUGUUCCAGUUCUUCAAAAGAAAUGGACUUAGUGGCCUCUGAUCCCCAUAAUGCUUUAAAGUGUAAAAGUGAAAGCGACCUCUCCAAACCAGUAGAGAACAAUAUCCGAGAUAAAAUAUUUGGGAAAACGUAUCAGAGAAAGGGAAGUCUCCCUCACUUGAACCACGUAACUGAAAUUAUAGGCACAUUUAUUGCAGAACCACAGAUAACACAAGAACACCCCUUCACAAAUAAAUUAAAACGUAAAAGGAGAACUACAUGCCUUCAUCCUGAGGAUUUUAUCAAGAAAGCAGAUUUAACAGUUACUCAAAAGACUUCUAAAAAUGUAAAUCAAGGAACUGACCAAAUGGAGCCAGAUGGCCUAGUGAUGGGUAUUACCAGUAAUGGUCAAGAGAAUGAAACACAAGGUAAUAAUCUUCAGAAAGAGAAAAAUGCUAAUCCAGUGAAGUCCUUGGAAAAGGGGUCUGUUUCCACAACUAAAGCCAAAACUAUAAGCAACAGUAUAAGUGAUUUGGAGCUAGAAUUAAAUGUCCACAAUUCACAGGCACCUAAGAAAAGUCGGCUGAGGAGGAAGUCUUCAACCAGAUGUGUUCUUGCACUGGAACCAGUCAGUAGGAAUCCAAGCCCACCUGCUUGUACUGAAUUUCAAAUUGAUAGUUGUAGCAGCAGUGAAGAAACAGAGAAAAACAAUUCCAACCCAACACCAGUCAAGAACAUUAGAAAGCCUCAACUCACGGAGGACACAGAACCUGCAGCAGAUUCCAAGAAGAAUAAAGAGCCAAAUGAACAAAGAAGGAAGAGAAGGGCCAGUGAUCCUUUCCCAGAAGAGAAAUUUAUGCCUGGCUUAUUAACUAACUGUCCAAGUUCUAGUAAACCUCAAGGACCUGCCAAUCCUAGCCCUCAGAGAAAGGAAGUAGAGAAACUUGAAACAAGCCAAAUGUCUGACAGUACCAAAGACCUGAGGGAUCUGUUGCUGGAUGGAGAACAGGGUUUGCCCACUGAGAGGUCGGAGGAGAGUACCAGUGUUUCAUUGGUGCCUGACACUGAUUAUGACACUCAGAACAGUGUGUCAUUGCUGGAAGCUAAUGCUGUCAGAUAUGCAAAAACAGUAUCAAGCCAGUGUAUGACCCAGUUUGUAGCAAGUGAUAACCCUAACGAACUGGUCCAUGGUUCUAAAGAUGCUGGAAGUGGCACAGAGUGCUUCAAGCAUCCAUUGAGACACGAACUUAGCCACAUUCAGGAGACCAUAGAAAUGGAAGAGAGUGAACUUGAUACUCAGUAUUUACAGAAUACAUUUCAAGCUUCAAAGCGUCAGUCAUUUACUUUAUUUUCAAAACCAAGAGAUCCCCAAGAGGAGUGUGUAACAGCUUGUGCUUCCUCUGUGUCCUUAAGGGACAUGAGUCCAAAAGUGACUUCUGAAGGUGAACAACAAGAAGAAAGUCGGGGACACGAAGAGGCUGAAAUCAGUCACAUACAGGCAGGGCCUGCGACAGUGGGCGUGCCUCUGCCUCGUCAGGAAGGUGAUCCAGGCGCUGAUACAAUGCAUGCUGCAGUGUGCAGCCUUUGUCCAUCAUCUCAGUACAGAAGCAAUGAAAACUCACAUCCUAAACAAUCAGCUUCUCCCAUCAUGUCUUCUAUAAAAACUGGCCAUGGGAAAACCCUGUCAGAGGAACAAUCUGAGAAACAUACAUUGUCAAAUGAAAAGGCAAUGGGAAAUGAGACCUUUGUUCAAAGCACAAUGCACACAAUUAGCCAAAACCACAGAAAAAAUGGUUGUCAAGAAGCCAACUCAGGCAGUAUUAAUGAAGUGCCUUCCAGUGGUGAAAACUUCCAAGGACAGCUAGGCCGAAACAGAAGGACUAAGUUAAACACUGUGCUUCCACUAGGUCUUAUGCAACCUGGAGUCUGUAAGCAUAGUUUUCCUGUCAGUGAUUAUAAAUAUCUUGAAAUAAAAAAGCAGGAAGGUGAGAAUGUUGGUGCACACUUCUCUUCGUGUCUGUUUUCAGAUAAGCUCGAACAACCUGUAGGGAGUGGUAAUGUUUUUCAGAUUUGUUCUGAGACACCUGAUGACCUGUUGGAUGAUGUUGAAAUACAGGAAAAUACUAGCUUUGGUGAAGUUGACAUAAUGGAGAAGUCUGCUGUUUUUAACGGGAGUGUCCAGAGACGAGAGCUCAGUAGGAGCCCUAGCCCUUUAACCCAUGCAUCGCUGGCUCGGAAUCUCCAGAGACGGUCUAGGAAGUUAGAGUCCUCAGAAGACAGCGGAUCUUGUGAGGAUGAAGACCUUCCCUGCUUCCAACACUUACUUGGCCAAGUAAGCAAAACACCUGAACCUAGCAGUGUUGUGACACAGCCUCUGUCAGAGAAAGCAGAGGGGACCCAAGUGCCAUGGAAGAGUAGUGUUGGUGACUCUGAUAACGAGGUGAUCUUGAUAGAGGCAUCUCAGGAACAUCACCCUAGUGAGGAUGCAAAAUACUCUGGCAGCAUGUUCUCUUCUCAGCCCAGUGCUGUACAAGGUUCAACUGCAAAUACAAGCUCCCAGGACCCCUUGUUUAACCUUUCCAAACAAAAGAGUCACCAGUCUGAGGAUGAGGAAGAUUUUCUAAGUGACAAGGAAUUGAUUUCAGAUGAUGAGGAAAUGGGAACUUGCCUAGAAGAAGAUAAUGAUCAAGAAGAGGAUAUUAUAAUCCCAGAUUCAGCUGAAGCGGCAUCUGGAUAUGAGAGUGAAACAAACCUUUCUGAAGAUUGCUCACAGAGUGAUAUUUUAACCACUCAGCAGAGGGCCACCAUGAAGGAUAACCUGAUAAAGCUCCAGCAGGAGAUGGCCCACCUGGAGGCUGUGCUAGAACAGCAAGGGGACCAGCCUUCUGUCCACUCCUCGUCUCUCACAGCUGAACCUUGUGCCCCUGAAGACCUACCAAACGCAGAACAAAACUUAUCAGGAACAGCAAUUUUAACUUCAAAGAAUAUUAAUGAAAAUCCUGUAAGCCGGAAUCCAGCAUGCGUUUCUGCUGACAAGUUCCAACCACAACCUCCAGACAGUUCCAGCAGUGAAAAUAAAGAGUCAAGGGAAGGAAGGCCUUCCCUUUUUAAAUCUCCGUUGGCAGGCAGUAGGUGCUCUGCACACAGCCGCUCUGGGAGUCUUCAAAACAGAAACUGCCCAUCUCAAGAGGAGCUCCUUUGGACUGUUGAAGCAGGGAAGUCAGAAGGAACGCCAUACCUGGAAUCUGGAAUCAGCCUUUUCUCUAAUAGAGACCCUGAAUCUGAGUCCCCUAAAGAGCCAGCUUAUGUUUGCACCACACCAGCUUCAACCUCUGCACGGACAAUAUCCCAGUAUCAGGUUUCUGACUCUUUCGAGAGUCCGGCUGCUACUCAUGCUCAUACUGCAGUGAUAGAAACUGUGAGCAAGAAAAAGCCAGAAUUGACAUCUUCAAAAGGAAGAGCCAAUAAAGGAAUAUCCAUGGUGGUGUCAGGCUUGACCCCCAAAGAAGUAAUGAUUGUGCAAAAGUUUGCUGAAAAAUACCGCCUCACUUUAACUGAUGCAAUUACUGAGGAGACUACCCAUGUCAUUAUGAAAACAGAUGCUGAGCUUGUGUGUGAACGGACACUGAAAUAUUUUCUGGGAAUUGCAGGAGGAAAAUGGAUAGUUAGCUAUUCAUGGGUGAUUCAGUCUAUUCAAGAAAGAAAACUUCUGAGUGUGCAUGAAUUUGAAGUCAGAGGAGAUGUUGUGACUGGAAGAAACCACCAAGGUCCAAAGCGAUCCAGAGAAUCCCAGGAAAAGCUCUUCAAAGGCCUAACAAUCUGUUGUUGUGAGCCCUUCACCAACAUGCCCAAAGAUGAGCUGGAGAAGAUGCUGCAGCUGUGUGGGGCUUCCGUGGUGAAGGAGCUUUCGUCACUCACCCCUGACACCGGUGUUCAUCCAAUUGUGAUUGUACAGCCAAGUGCCUGGACAGAAGAGAAUGGCUGCCCUGAGAUUGACCAGCUGUGUGGGGCGCACCUGGUGAUGUGGGACUGGGUGUUGGACAGUAUAUCCGUCUACCGGUGUCGGGAUCUGGACGCCUACCUGGUACAGAAUAUCACCCAUGGCCACGACAGCAGCGAGCCACAGGACCCCAAUGAUUAGUUUAAGAAGUGAUCUUCCAUGCCCGGGGAGCGUCUCUCACUCUUAGGCGCUUCCACGUCCUACUAUUUUAUAAGUAUCAGAUGGGGGGGGGGGUGCACUGGGCAUGGUGUAGAUGCUUAUAAUCACAGCACUUGGUGGGGAGAGAUGGGUAUCCUGAGCCCAAGGCUAGCCUGGGCUACUGUAUAAGACCCUGACUUGAGUGAAUAGCUAGUGGUCCUAAUUUGUUUCUUAUAAAAUCUCAUGUUCAAGUCCUUCAAGGAGAUUGCUUGAGAUCUGUGAUUUGACUCAGAAUCGGCACUGAAGGUUCGAGGUUCCAUACCGAGUACCAAACAACCCCCACAUUUCCCCUCCACCUCCAUUUCCCCCACCCUGCCUGCCAAGAACACCAGAAAGCCCGUGGGCAAGCCUUGGGUGUCAGUGGACACUGAGGAAGUUUAGAGGCAGAUAAUAUAUUCAAUAUGAAUAUGAAGGUUUUCAAGUACCAGAGUCCAGGAUAGCCUUCUAAUACCCCUUAACUGAUGAACAAAGUGUUUGCUAUAACUCUGCUAAGUAACCCAUUCCUCUUAAAAUAUAAGACCUCUGAUAUGAAUAUUUCAUGUCUGUAAAUGAUGGGUCCCACCAGGAAAGGAGCUGUUGCUUUCUUUGAAGUAAUUUCUUCCCUUUUGCUUCCUAUUGCUGAACCAUACUGCUUCAUAAAUAAUUUUGUUUGCUGAAGAAAGAGAACGUAUUUUUCAUAAACUCAUUAUCUUGGACUGUUUAUAGCUAUUGGAAGGACUAGGUCUUCCCUCGCCCCCCAGUGUGCAAGGGCCAGGGAGACCUGACUGUACAAAGUAUGUUUUAUAAAUGUUGUGCUGUUAACCCUGCAAAUAAACUGAAUAAUAGCAAACGC